GCCAGCACAUUGCCAUCUACGAAACGCCUCGAGACAGACAGCGCAUGCAAAGAAGCGAAUACAAACGACUGUGCAGGGUCGAGACAUAGAGAUCAGAUACAAUUCCAAUGUCCUUCAGAAAGUAAAUCAUUUUUUACUGGAGCAAGCUCCCCGUGAAAGCUGCCCCUCCGCCACUUCUUCUUCCGCAGUUACCUCCCUUCUUUUUCCUGCAUCUUUCCGGUUGCAGCCCGUAGGGGAGCGCCCGGCCGUCUUCCUGGAGGUGGAGAAGAAGAUUUUCUCAAGAAAACAGGAAAAUCUCCUAUCGUUACUGCAUUUGCUUCUUCCAAUGAAAGCCUUUUGAGAUAGCAAGUUUUUCUUCCACCAUAAAUAAUGCGAGAGCAUACCUCGCGUCGUCCGCUCUCCCUUCGGUAGGUUGCCCCGCUCAAACGCGGACGCGGAUUGUGGACCUCGCAUUACUGUUUUGCCUUUCGUUGUUUCCCGCCUUCUUUAUCAGAUUCGUCCCUCUAAUUUAGCGUUUGUCCGACAAACUCUCCUGGGGAAGGUGUGGGUUCACUGUGCAUCCAACUUGAAAGGACCGACCGUGUAGAGGGAGGAGUUGCGGUGAUGGGGAAGUUCGUCUUCGAAACCUUUUGGCUGUCCAGCCCUCUGCGACGCUGCACCAUCGUAAAGCUUUAACGUUUGUUCACAUUUGCUUCCUUAUUCGAAGGCACCAUCCCUUUUUCUCUUGCUGCCUCUCCGCCGUUGGCCUCUGCUUGUCCGACCUACAGUCCCCAGUUGUAGGACGGGUGCGCCACCACCCGACGUAUAAACGGGUCUCUUUCUGUUUGCUUUGUCUCGAGAAACACACAAUGGCAUUUUCUUCAUCUCCGAAUCCUCCACCAGGUGCUUUGUCCUCGAGUGGAGACACUCCUGGAGACAAGAGCGCGCCCGCGCAUGCAGUUGCAGCUGUCCAAGCUGCCUUGGCAACAGCCGCUGCGUCACGAUCUGCCGGAGGGCUAACCUCUCAACCUACUCCGAGGUCGAACUGCUCUGCAACUCCUUCUUCAUCUAACUUUUCUCCAGCAGCUUCUUCGUUUAACUUCUCUGCAGCGAUUUCUUCGUCUGCCUUCCCUCCAGCACCUCCUCCCGCCUCUAACUUUUCCCCGCCGCCUCCUCCAGACUCUAAGUUCUCUCCGGCACCUCCAUCUAACUUUUCUUCGAAGCCUCGUGUGUCUAACUUUUCCUCGGGACCUCUCUCUAACUUCUCUUCAGCGCCUACCUCGAACUUUUCUCCUGGACAUCCCUCCAACUUCUCCCCGGCGCCUCCUGUAUUUCCGUCUCCCGCGCCGGAACCUCCUGCUGCUGCAAAACAGCAAGAAGCUGAAGAAGAAGAGAUUCAGGCGAGUGUGUUUGCGGCGGCGGCAGCUGCACAGCGCGAGAGAGCAAAGGAGGGACGGCCCCCUGUGGGAGGAAGCAGCCUCAGCAACGCCGCAGCAGCUCAAGAUGCUCACGCCUCGAUUGCUGCGAUUGCCGCAGGUGCGUUGGGAUCCAGAACUGCGGUGAGGGAUAUCUCGCGCCCUGAGACAUCUUCGAGCGUCUCCAGUGCCGCCAAAGUUCUUUCGGCCGCAGCCCCCACCAAGAGAGAAAAGACGGCAUCCGGGGCCGCAGCAUCGAGGCGUCAGGAGCCUGCCGAAGUGAACGUGGAGCCCGUGAACAGCACAGACGAACUCGGGCGAAAGGUCUGGGACAAAGCGUACUACCAGUCCCUUGCUCAGGCAAAGGAGGAGGAAGACGAUUUCCUUUCCUACCUGCCUCAGCCGAGACAAAAGAAAGUCGCACCGCCAGUGGAGCAUCGGAAGGCGUUGCAGAGAAGAGACUUUGCCAUUGAUUUGACCAAGGAGCUAGGCAAAACGAAGAUCGUCACCCUUCAAACACCUCGCAUGCAACAAGGAGGGUUUUGGUGUGAUGUCUGCGAGUGCCUCAUCAAGGACUCAGCUGCCUACAUGGACCACAUCAACGGUCGCAACCACAACCGGAUGCUCGGCAUGACGAUGCGCGUAGAGAGAGCCGCCCCGAGCAGCGUGAUCAGUCGGCUGAGAGAAAUGCAGCGGCAGUCGCAACUUGAGUUGGGAGGAGACGACGAAGGCGAGGCGGGGUCUCUUUCAGGAGACGUGAAAAGCCAGCAGAGUUUUGACGCCCCGGGCGCGGCUCAGCGAGGCUCGGUUACCCGCGCAGCUGCAGCUAGCGCUGGCUGUGCACCUGGAGGGAUUGAGGAAAACUACGACGACAUCGAUAGGAUCAAGAGACGACUCGAAGAACUGCAGAAACAGGAGGAGGAGAGGAAGAUGCGGAAGAAGUUGAAGAAAAAGAAGGGCGCCAGCGAGGAGGCGGAGAAAUCUGUAGUGAAAAACGGGGAAGCUGGAGGUGGCGCUGCGCCAGCCGAAGGUGUUAAUCAGGAAUCGGACGACGAAGAACAGAAAAUGCUCAAGGCCAUGGGCCUACCGUCGUCAUUCGUGGGCAGUUAAACCCCUGUUUUUCGGAAAAAAGGGAAUCAUGCGAAAUGAGAGUUUCCUGGAACGCAGAGUGGUCCUGGUUGGGGAGACGGCUAUAAACGUGUUUACGCAUUUGUCGUAGCGACAUACGUGUAGACGUACUUGAGAUAUAGGUAUUUAUAUGUAUAUGCUUUGACGUUUGGUGUUCGAGUGAACUUUUCCAAACGCGUAGUUACGGUCUUUCGAGGCUGAUUCGCCCAUGCAGAGAUCGGAUGUGUUUCGCUCCGGCGGUCUGCCGUGUGCGUCUCAGAUUAAGCUGCUGACAACCAUAUGGGGCGGUUUACGUUGGGUGCCAGUCCUUCUCGUCAGCCACGAGCGCUGUGUCGUCAUGUCACGCUUCCUCCAUUUUUGCGUGUUGCUUACUCCGCUGCCCUUGUCUAAUUUUCACGUCGUUAGUCUAAUGUGUCUGUCACCUGUUUUCCGUCUACUGCAUUCGUGUCGUGCUCACGUUCCAGCGUAGCGCAAGCAGACGCCACUAUUUCUGCACAAGAGUCGGUCGGCAUUCUGUUCGAUGAAUGAGCUUCUGUUUGUUAAACAUCGUUGAGCAGAAAGAGCAAAGAACGUCCUGCUCUGUGCAAACGCCACGCGCCUAGAAAACUUCUCAAGCCGUCAGUGGAAACGUGGACCUCGACACUACUGUCUGGGCAGCAGACGGCAUGUUUUGCCUCUUUUCUUACACACGCAUCUGCUUUAUGUGUUUCGGAUGCCUGUAUUGUCUCGUGACUCUCGUACCGCUAGUGUUUCAUUCUCUGCCUCUGGUUCUCCUCAUCUCUUCCUGGUUUUUCUCUGUGGAUCCUGACGUGCACAGUGUAGGAGUCAGCCCGGUCGGCUUCUGCUUUCUGGUUUGUUGCGCACUCGAUGUUUUAUUCUUGUUUCUCGUCUGGAUGUGACACUGUCCAGCGAGAUAUCAGAGGAGAUUCAGACGAAAUUGCAUGUUACUUUCCGUCGUGGUCCAAGGGUGGAUACAAAUGUUAGAGCUGUUGCGGAUGUAGUUGUGAAACGGAAAGACGGCUCACCAUUUCUCAGCGAGGAGUGAAAAUGCCGGGGACGGGAUAGUUAUAAGCACUGAGAGCUUGACGUCUUGCUUGGAAACAAACGAAUGGCAAAAAUUCUGCUCGCCACCAUCUCACACGUUUUUUCUUUGUGACGCUACGGCGAUGACGCGAGCGGCUCUGUCCAUCUGUGCAGGAUCCCUAGUGUCAUCGUGUGACAAAUGCAGACAUUGUUGGACGCUGAUCAGAGUUCACUCCGUGGUUAGUGGGGAAAACUGUUUGUUUCUCGUGAGCAUAAGAGGGGAGCGAGACGGAUUUGUCAUUUGAAAACAAAGUAGGUGAAGAAUUGUCUGUACUCUGGCCAAGGAGUCGGGUACACAUUCCGCGCUCAUUGAUAGCUGAACCCCACGAAAUCCGAGGCUUUUGGGAGAAAGAAGCGAAAAACUAAAACAGAAUACACAGCAAAACGAUGAACUUCCAGUUUGUCUCUUCAUUACACGGUAAGAAUCCGUGUGGGGCACUGCGCUCCGUUGACACCGUGGAUCAAACCGGUUCACAUCGGUCAAGAACUUUGGCCUCAGACGAUCGACAGAAUCGCACGCAAAAGGUGCGGUGGGUAGAGAAGGAACAUGGAAAGAAAUAACGUAACAUAAAGGGUAAGACGCAAUCGCUGCACGAAUCCUGAGGCAAGAAAAUUGUUUUUUCCAGGGAAAAGAAUAGGAUAGGAAGCGUGAACCAUAUGUAGCCGAGUCUUCACGUAGAUGUACAGAUGGACAUACUCAACCCUUGUACGGUCUGAACAACUGCAGCCGUGCUUUUUUUUCCUCCCUUCUCUACUAUACUAUCGUAUUUGUACUUUUUCGGCGGAAGUUCAAGCACGAUUAGGGCCUCAAGGAUGACGCAUCUUGCUGGAAUACGGGAAUACGAAUGAUACACGCGCGAUAAAGGUAAGCAUCAGGCCCCUGCAGUGAUACGGGACACGCUCCGAGCCGGAAAAAAUUGUUGUAAGCAGCUAGGAGGAAAAUUUAGACUUUAUAGCUGCACGACGUGUAUGUACCUCAACCGCUGCGUGUCCGGGAAGACGGUGGUGUUACCUAGGUGGAAAUGCUGAACCAAGUCCCAGUCACAUCGGACCCAACACAAGAGCGUGGAAAAUCGCGAUUAGUGGAAGGAUCGUGCGACAGAAUUCAGGGGGCUAUUAAAUGCUAGAUAGUUGCAUAAUGCGGUCCUCUGAGUCUCUGGAAGAAGAUAAGGUGAUGAUGGUGUUGGUGUCUCUUCAAUCGACUGAAACGUGUUGAAAAAAAACCGUCAUCAGUUGCAAGAGG